GCAUAAAGCAAACCUUCAUCAUAUCGUCAGAGAUCUACAAGUCCACAAGUAUAUCAGCACCCACUAUGCCCCUGGCUCGUCCUAGAGUCAACUCGCUGUUCAUCCUAUUCCCGCAACAUCGCUAUGGCGUCUUCAAUGUCCACCCACACCAAGACGAGCGACUUAUCCGCUGCCUAUCGACCACGAUACUCCUCCUAUCCCAGCGCUUUCAUUUUGGGACCCCAAAACGCCUUCUCCACUUCCUGCAACCUUCCCUUCGAUGUCUCCUGCAACUAAGCCACUGACACUUGAAUCAAACACUCCAACGCAACAAGACCCAGCCAUGUCACCUACCUCAACGCCUUCAUCUUCGUACUCUCAAAUCGAAGAGCCGACUGUGCCACCUAUGCAAGCAGUCGCGGAAAUUUCGCCUAUGAGACCGCGACUACUCCUUCCGCCAACGUCGCCUUACUCAAUUAUCUCACCAUACUCGCCAGACUCCCCUCACACACCUCAAUUUCCAUACUCUCCACUCUCAGCAGCCCCAUCUGCGUCUCUAAACUCACCGUACAACCCCUUCCUCGCAUCUCCAGCACCACGCCUUACAAUCAAUAUCUUCAGACUCGCCUCACCCUUACUCCCAGCAUCUCCACUUUUGAUCUUCGACCGCGCCAUCUCACCUACCUCACCAGCCUUCCUGCUAAGCAGAACGCCAUCGCCCGGCACACCGAACCAACAACUUGCGUUCCUGAGGACCGCCACGCCGAGCAUCGCUGACUGUACCGUAAGAAAUGGUCUGAGCCCGACACUCUUGUGGCCGAGGACGCCGCCAGCUGUACCACACUGACCCGUGUCUCUCGAAUAUCAUGCC